CACGGUCUUAAGGCCAACCAGUCGUCAUCCAGCAGUCGCCUGGCCUGGGUGAGUUCCAAACUCUAAUACGUGACCUUGUGGAAGUACCACAGCUCGUCAACCCAAGGAACUUUCCUCCAACAACCUCCAUCAACCUCAACCUGGUUUUUCACCUGUGCCAUAAAAUCUCCUUCCCCAUUCUUCCUAGAGGGCAGGCGAUCUCUCCCAAUAUCAACCACUUUUCUUUCACCCCAUCUCUUCUCCCACCGAAGGAACAGUAUCAUUUGUUUACCUCUGCCCGAGACCGGCCAACCGAAGCAAGAUGGCUCCCCAACCGGAUCCUGAUCAUGUUGAGCACAAGAAGAAGGUCAACCUGACCGAUGUCUCUGGCUCCGAACGCAAGGAUGAGGAUGACACCGCCACUGCCAUUCUAAAGAAGAAGAAGAAGCCCAACCAGUUGAUGGUUACCGAUGCCGUCAACGAUGACAACUCGAUCAUUGCCCUGUCAAACAACACCAUGGAGACUCUCCAGCUUUUCCGUGGCGACACCGUCUUGGUUCGGGGCAAGAAGAGGAAGGACACUGUCCUGAUUGUGUUGGCGGAUGAUGAUCUCGACGAUGGCAGCGCUCGUCUCAACCGAGUCGUCCGUCACAACCUCCGCGUCAAGCAUGGCGAUAUCAUCACCAUCCACCCAUGCCCGGACAUCAAAUAUGCCAAGCGCAUCGCUGUUCUCCCUAUCGCCGAUACUGUCGAGGGCAUCACCGGCUCCCUCUUUGACGUCUUCCUUGCCCCAUACUUCAGAGAGGCUUACCGGCCCGUCCGGCAAGGUGAUUUGUUCAUUGUGCGUGGUGGUAUGAGACAGGUCGAGUUCAAGGUCGUCGAAGUCGAACCCCCAGAGUACGGCAUCGUCGCUCAGGAUACCGUUAUCCACUGCGAGGGCGAGCCCAUCGAGCGUGACGAGGAGGAGAAUAACCUGAACGAGGUCGGCUACGACGACAUCGGUGGCUGCCGGAAGCAGAUGGCCCAAAUCCGAGAGAUGGUCGAGCUUCCGUUGCGGCAUCCUCAGCUCUUCAAAUCCAUCGGUAUCAAGCCUCCGCGGGGUGUCCUUCUCUACGGUCCUCCGGGUACUGGAAAGACCCUCAUGGCUCGCGCGGUUGCGAACGAGACUGGUGCAUUCUUCUUUCUUAUCAACGGCCCCGAGAUCAUGUCUAAGAUGGCCGGCGAAUCCGAGUCCAAUCUGAGGAAGGCUUUCGAGGAAGCCGAGAAGAAUUCGCCGGCUAUUAUUUUCAUCGACGAGAUCGACUCGAUCGCCCCGAAGCGGGACAAGACCAACGGCGAGGUCGAGCGUCGGGUUGUUUCCCAGCUCCUGACUCUCAUGGACGGCAUGAAGGCUCGGUCCAACGUCGUUGUCAUGGCCGCGACCAACCGACCGAACUCGAUUGAUCCUGCCCUGCGGCGUUUCGGACGCUUCGACCGUGAGGUUGAUAUCGGCAUCCCCGACCCGACCGGUCGUCUUGAGAUCCUUCAGAUCCACACCAAGAAUAUGAAGCUCGGUGACGAUGUCGACCUCGAGCAGAUCGCUUCAGAGACCCACGGCUAUGUCGGCUCCGAUGUUGCCGCGCUCUGCUCUGAGGCUGCCAUGCAGCAGAUUCGUGAGAAGAUGGAUCUGAUUGAUCUUGAUGAGGACACCAUCGAUGCCGAGGUCCUCGACUCCCUUGGCGUCACCAUGGACAAUUUCCGCUUUGCCCUUGGCGUCUCCAACCCGUCUGCCCUUCGCGAGGUUGCCGUUGUCGAGGUCCCCAACGUUCGCUGGGAAGAUAUUGGUGGUCUCGAGACUGUCAAGCAGGAGCUCAGGGAGCAGGUCCAGUACCCCGUCGACCAUCCCGAGAAGUUCCUCAAGUUUGGACUUUCGCCUUCCCGUGGUGUCCUGUUUUACGGUCCUCCUGGUACUGGUAAGACAAUGUUGGCCAAGGCUGUUGCCAACGAGUGCGCAAGCAACUUCAUCUCCGUCAAGGGUCCCGAGCUCCUGUCGAUGUGGUUCGGAGAGUCGGAGAGCAAUAUCCGAGACAUCUUCGACAAAGCCCGUGCCGCGGCCCCUUGCAUCGUCUUCCUCGAUGAGUUGGAUUCCAUCGCGAAAGCCCGUGGCGGAUCCGUCGGUGAUGCCGGUGGUGCUUCGGACCGAGUUGUCAACCAGCUUCUGACCGAAAUGGACGGCAUGACCUCCAAGAAGAAUGUCUUCGUGAUUGGCGCCACCAACAGGCCAGAGCAGCUUGACCCUGCCCUGUGCCGUCCGGGCCGUCUCGACUCGCUUAUCUAUGUGCCUCUUCCCGACGAGCAGGGCCGCCUCGGCAUCCUGAAGGCCCAGCUGCGCAAGACGCCUAUGGCUGGCGACGUCGACCUCACGUACAUCGCCUCCAAGACUCACGGCUUCUCCGGUGCUGAUUUGGGCUUCAUCACCCAGCGUGCUGUGAAGAUCGCCAUCAAGGAGUCCAUCUCUAUCGACAUCCAGCGGACCAAGGAGCGCGAGGCUGCCGGCGAAGAUGUCGACAUGGAAGAUGAGGGCGAGGACCCUGUUCCCGAGCUGACCAAGCGGCACUUCGAGGAGGCCAUGCAAAUGGCCCGUCGGUCCGUCACCGACGUCGAGAUCCGCCGUUACGAGGCCUUUGCCCAGCAGAUGAAGAACGCCGGCCCCGGUGCCUUCUUCAAGUUCCCCGAGGCUGGCGCCGAGGCUAGCGCCAAUGCGGAUGGUUCUGGCAACUCGUUCGGCGAUGCCGGCAACGAUGAUGGCCUCUACGACUAAGCUCAGCAUCUGCUAGGCCUGGGCUCGGACGAGUCCAGUGUAUUUUAGUUCUCAUUUCUCCCUAUCCUGCGUUUCCCGCCGCCUUCAUAAGACGGGUGGAGAUUAGAGCAGAGGCAGUUCUUUAGAAGCUAGAUUUACUACCUGGCUGAAGAUCGAAAGCACAUGUAACACGUCAUGCGAUUCCUUGCGAGGUAGUGCUGCGCUUCUCGCUUAAAGAGGCUGGUUAAGAGGGAAGGGGAGGAAGGAGUCCGGUAGAGGUGGCAUCAAGAGUCCGGAACACCUCGAUUGGCUUUUGAGUCUACAUUGGAACCCAUCGUCUUUAGUACACCGGUUACGAUAGAUUUCGGAAUUUGAUUUCCUUUACAUAAGUGUCCUGUGUCUGAGAAGUGUGAAAUGAAUGUUGCGUUUCGAAACAUAAUAUAGGCCGAGAAUGGUUCAAAGCCUACUAUUCCAAUUGAUAUUUUGUACA